AUGCUCAAAGCUUUUCAUACACUCACUUUCGCACUUUCACGUCCAACAGCAUCCGUACAGAUCUCACGGAAUAACCAUAUUGCAAACAGGGUCAAUUUUCUACGAACACCCAACAAUCGUUCAUUCAACAUGUCCGCUCCAGAGGCUAACCUUCAUAAAGAUGAAGAGACGGGGGAGAUGGUCUCCAAGUCCGAAUUGAAGAGAAGAAUCAAUGCGAGACAGAAAUUGGCUCAGAAAGCUGAGAAAGCUCUGAAGGCACCUGUUCAAGCUUCCAAGCCGAAUACAGCGGAGGCAGAGGCUGAGAUGGAUGCGGCGCAAUUCUAUGCCAUGAGAUUCAACGCUAUCAAACAAUUACGUCAGACAAAAAAUCCAGAUCCUUAUCCUCACAAAUUUCAUGUCACCCAUGGAAUUCCUACUUUCAUCAAACAAUGGGGCCCCGAUGGGGUGCUUGCGUCGGGGACCACUUUGGAAAAGGAGCAACCGAUCUCUUUGGCAGGAAGGGUCAUGUCGAUCCGAACAUCAUCCAGCAAGUUGAUAUUUUACGAUCUCAAAGCGGAUGGAGAAAAGGUCCAGGUCAUGGCUUCUGCUCAAGCCGCCCCUUCUCUCGACGCCUUUCUCGAUUCACAUAAUGUUAUACGACGAGGCGACAUCAUCGGUGUUACCGGGGUACCUUCACGUACGAAAGCUGGCGAGCUCACUAUUUACGUUUCCGAAGUCAAACUUCUCUCCCCUUGUUUGCAUCAACUUCCAGGUCGAGAAGGGGUGGUGGAUAUGGAGACCAGAUACAGGAAACGAUAUCUCGAUCUCAUCAUGAAUCAUUCCACCAGGGAUGUUUUCAUCACACGAAGUAAGACCAUCAACUACAUCAGGAGAUUCCUUGAUGACAUGGGAUUCCUUGAGGUCGAAACACCGAUGAUGUCCAUGAUUGCCGGAGGAGCUACUGCUAAACCUUUCAUCACUCAUCACAACGAUCUCAAACUUGACCUUUUCAUGCGUAUCGCCCCUGAACUUUACCUCAAAGAACUCGUGGUCGGAGGACUAGACAGAGUUUUUGAAAUCGGUCGUGUGUUCAGAAACGAGCAAAUCGACAUGACGCACAACCCCGAGUUUAGCAUUUGCGAAUUUUACAUGGCCUAUGCGGAUAUGUACGAUUUGAUGGAUAUGACGGAAGAUAUGAUUUCCGGUUUAGUGAAGAGACUCACGGGAGGGACAAAGAUAACUUUUCAUCCACAAGGCAGAGGAGAGGGGAAGAAGACGUAUGAAAUUGAUUUUGCUAAACCUUGGAAAAGGUUUGAUAUGAUUGGUGAAUUGGAGAAACAAUUGGAGGUCAAGUUCCCACCAGGGGAAACUUUGCAUGAUGAGAAUGCGAAUAAGUUCCUCAGAGAUUUGUGCGCCAAGCACAAUGUUGAUUGUCCCGAGCCGAAAACCAACGCUCGUAUGCUUGACAAACUCGUUGGAGAAUACAUCGAAUCUCAAUGUAUAAACCCAUCUUUCAUCGUCGGACAUCCCCAAGUCAUGUCCCCCUUAGCCAAAUAUCAUCGUUCCCGUCCAGGUCUAUGCGAACGAUUCGAAGCUUUCGUAGCUACCAAAGAGAUUUGUAACGCCUAUACGGAAUUGAACGAUCCAUUCGAUCAACGAGAAAGAUUCCUCGAACAAACCAGACAAAAAGAUCAAGGUGAUGAUGAAGCUCAAGGUGUGGAUGAGACAUUUAUAAACGCUUUGGAAUAUGGUUUACCUCCGACGGGUGGUUGGGGUUUAGGAAUUGAUAGAUUGGUCAUGUUCUUGACUGAUUCUGCUAACAUCAAAGAGGUCUUGUUAUUCCCUGCUAUGAGACCUGUGGUUGCGAAUAGUAUAGAGGCGAUCGCUCCAGCUGUCAAAGCUAGUGAUGCUGCCAAGGAAGAGUAGGGAAGUCAUGCAUUGUGAAUAUCAACGUGUGU